AUGGGACUACUGGCGAAGUUAAAAGCCACGAACUUUCGAAAACAUGAAAUUCCAGUGACCAGUGCGAGAGUUCCCACGAGUGAACCAACUAAACGGCGUUACACUUAUUCGACAGGUAGAAAUUUCAAGGCUUCGAACCUUACUCGAGAUUUUUAUAUCAAUCAAGAGGCUCCUCAUCAUGUCUGGAGGCCGAACGAGUAUAUUUGUGGGGAAGCAGUUUUAGUGCUGAAAAGAGAUGUGGAAAACAUCGCAAUAACGUUAUCAUUGGUGGGAGAGGUCAGGCUUCGUGGUCUAGGUGCUCGAACUCGGUCAGAGAAGCUCUUUGAACGGUCAACCGUGGUUUAUGGAGAGACUGAAGAAUCGCUGCCCGAGGGAGAAACAGUGGUAAAUGGACUUACAAAGGGCGAGCACAGGUUUCCCUUCCGACUGAAAGUACCCUCCAAAAGCAUUUACACUUCCAUCAAGUUCGAAAAAGGCUCUAUUGCAUAUUACAUUCAAUGCACAUUACGACCACUACAAAAUCGCUGCACAGACGAGGUGAUGGCAAUGUGCGAAAAGAGUAUAUCUGUUAUGGUUCCACUAGACGUCGGAAUGCUCCCUAAGCCCAAGACCAAGACAGUAGUGUUACAGUCGCCGUCGAGUCUGAAGCAAGUAGCAGUCGAACAAGACAGCAGCUCUGGAGUCACACGACGUACGGGUGGUUCCAAGCAAUCGGGGUCCACCAUGGUCACGACGGGCUCUUACAGCAAGACUGUGACCAUAAGCGUCGACCUCCCGUCCUCGGGAUAUGUUGUGGGUGAGGUCAUUCCUGUACAGUUACAUUUGGCACACUAUCGAGAAUAUUCGCAUUCUGCGGGCCUCAUAGCCACCCUGGUCAGGAUUUGUCGCGUAGAAGACACAUCAAAAGAAAACGUCAUUGAGACCUUUCGCAAAGAUAUAUGUCAAACGGUGUCACCGGUCUACGUCGACCCAGAGACUUUAGAAUGCGCCCUGACAGUGUAUUUGAAAGUGCCGCUGGAUGCUUUCCCCACGCUUCGUUUACCAAAUAAGCGGUUCUCUUUCCAAUAUUACGUUGAGGUUCUGGUUAACCUAUCGCGCAAGAACCUCGCCUACACGGAAUCGAAUCGCGUCGUGGACGCAGCGACCAAUUCUCAAGUUUCGAACCACCCUUCCAAGUCAAUAGAAGAGAUGCUUUCCAUUUUGCAGCGCAAAAUACAAGCCGGAAGCAACACUGACAGCUUCCAUGACGACGAUCGCGAGUCAAUGAUCUUUUUCAAAGAUUUGAUCAAUGUUGACAAGCUGAAAAGACUUCGCAACGUCACAGGAAUGUCAAUUGAAAUUGUUGUUGGUACCACUAAGACUUCUGGGCCUACAAGUAUCUCCAUUCCAAGCUCGACAUCAGAACAAAAUGCCAUCCCUCCCGUCGCAACAACAAAUGAGGAAUCACCGGUUGCCUCCUCCAGUUCGAACGAACCUUCGCAGCUAGAAGUGAAAGACUACACAUACGCUUCCAAAAAGCACCAAAAAUCGCAGAUGGAGUCUAACUUUUUGUUUGAGUUUGAUGAGAACUCCACAAUGCCUUUGCCCGAGUAUACUCCAAAUUCUUUAUUUGAAGUGGCAGACGACAAGGAUGAGCUUGAACUACAAAGAUUGAAGGAGCUAGAAAGCGAACCACCAAUGGCAGCAUAA